AUGAACGCGCUGCGUCCGCCUCUGCCCGGGCAGCCUGUGUGGCGCUCAACCGCGACCGGCUUCACCUCCAACCCUGGCGUCGCCUCGGCUUGGCAGCACCGGGCCUCCCUGCACUGCGCCGCGCCUGCCAGCUCCCUCGGACCAGUUGCGGGCGUGGGAUCUGGCGAGGCGGCGGACGGCACCGAGGCCGCGGACGGCGCUGAGGCAGCCGGCGCGCUGUCGUGCCCGUCUCGCGCUGUCGUGCCGGACUCGCUCUCCUCCGUGCACGCGCUGCGACCGCCGCUGCCCGGGCAGCCGACUUGGUGCUUGGCUGCCGCGUGUGUUGGCUUCCCCGCCAACUCCGCUGUCGCCUCCCUGUACUGCGCGUCGGAUGCCGGCUCCCUCGGACCGGAGGCGGGCGUGGGACCUGCCAUGGCGGCGGACGGAGCCGAGACCGCGGACGGCUCGAGGACUCCGAGGCUCGUGGGCCCACUUGCCCUGUCGUGA